GAACUUGGAGCCGCUGCCGUGCUUGCGAAUGAUCUUUUUCGAUGGCGAGGAAUCCUUCAAGCGAUGGACCCCAACCGACUCGCUUUAUGGUUCUCGGCACCUCGCAAGCUCGUGGGAGCGACAGCUUGACCCCUUCAGGCCCGGCAAACCUAGGCUAGAUGGGAUGCGCCUCCUCGUCCUGCUGGACCUCAUUGGAGGAUCGCGAAGCACGUUUGUCUCACAUCACAAGUCGACGAGUCUUGUGUUUCAGCGGCUGCAACUUGUGGAGCAGAGUUUACGACGGGAGAGCUUGCUGCGAGCGAGAGGUGGCUCGCCAACCAGCUCCUUCUUCGCGAGCAGCGGGAGCAGGGAGACCAUCCAAGACGAUCACAUUCCCUUCCUCAAGCGAAAGGUCCCUGUCCUUCAUCUGAUACCCUCGCCCUUCCCGCCCUUUUGGCACACGACGAGGGACACCCUCGAAGCCAUCGAUCGCGACGCUGUUGCUGACUUCGCAAUGAUCCUCAAGACAUUUCUUUUCGACUUGUAUGGGCUUAUCGUCCGGAAGCGCUCAGUCAGUUCGCUCCCUCCCCUUCAACCACGUCCUCCUCCUCGACUCGGAAGCUUCUCAAGAUAGGAUGUGAGCCAUCAAACCUAGUCGGACACUGUGAGGCCAUACAGACUUUUACCGUACU